AUGUUAUUCCUCUUCCAAUUGGGAUCACGAUCGACAUGAUCGGUUACGUCCGCAAGAUAAAGUCGAUUCAUCUGUUACCAAGAACAAUAAAUUGCGGUAAUUAUAAAAAUUAUGACGCUAAAGCAAUCAGGGCUUCUUAAUACCAUAGACUGGAGGGAGGGGGCUGGGAGGGUGAUUGUCACUGCUCCCCAAGCCCUGUUUUGGCCCCUCCAGUGAACCAUGUUCGUCACCCCCCUAAAGGUCCAUUCUGUGUAAAAUAUAAGCAAAAAACGAAAUAAUAACUUAGUUAUAAGAAGAGUAUUUUAGUAUUCCUAUGACCAAAUCUUUGUCUAGCGGAUGAAAUAUAUACUGAAAUAUUGUGUCUAACUAGAAAAUACAUGCAUGCAGAAACCCUCGCCUUACUGAUAAAACAUUAUGUUUUCUGAAUAUGAAGAGUUGAAGGUAUAGUUAAUUGUCAUGGUAACACGAUAAUUUUAAGAAUAGUUUUAAAAUUGAAAAAGCCCUCCAAAAUAUCACUUUUAAUAACAAAAUUAUCAAUUUCCCAAACAUAUAUAUGCUAGAUAUGUUAUUAUACGUAAUAUAAGCUUCAAUUUAAUGUAAAAUUCAACCACAAACGCUUCGUAAAACGUUUUAAAAUCUUCUUAGAACUAAACGGCCUUUUAUCGAAUUAUCGGUAAACAUUGAGUUUGAAAUAAACUGAUUUCAAAUUCUCGCAUGAAAAUAACUUUGCUUUCCUCUUUAUUUAAAUAUUUUAAUAUACAAAAGAAAGGGUAAUUAAUAAAACUACACUGAAAUUAUAUGCUGUCUUUUUUCACUUAUAUAUAAGCAACGAUAGUAUAUCAGUUCGAUAUUCGCAGUAUCGCCCAUCACUAUAAGUUAUAAAUAUAUAAAUUAUAAAACAAACAAUACAUUACUAUUUAAAACUUACCUUCAUUAACGUCGGCGACUUUGCUCCAUUCUUUUAGAAGUUUUUAUACGUUUUUUGGCUCUCAGAAAGGUUUUGAAAUUUACAAAAUCUUGCAAAAAUACAACUUGAAAGAAAUGUUUGUUAUUUCGCUGUCGCCAAUUAUUAUUAUUAUUAUUAUUAUUAUUAAAUUUGUCACAAAUGUGAAAACGUUACAACAAUAUAACACUACAGUAUAUGACAGGAACAAGGAACAGAAUUUUCAUCCCAAUUAUUACCUCAUCCCUUUGUUAACUAUGUACUAACAUAUAGCUAUACUAUACUAAACGUCACUUAACAAAUAUUUACACUCAAUACAAAACAUUCAAUAUAUUAAUAGCUAAUACUGGGAGGAUUGUAUGUUAUUAAUUUGCUAUUAUACAAAUUUAUUACGCGUGUUCUAAAUGAAGUUAGAGUAUUAGAAGUUUUUAUGACUGGGGGAAGACUGUUCCAAAGUUUUGCUGAUCUGAUGAAAUAAGACUUUCUGAAAUAAUCUUGAUUAUGCUUUAUUAUAAGGUGAAAGUCAAUGCAGUCGUUAUAAUGCCAAUUUCAAAUUUGACCAAUCAGUGUUCACUAUUCACGACAGUCCGCUACAUAUUUUGAGAUCAGUGAGGAUGACGGACCACCCAUGAACGGUGAGCCAUGAGCCCACCAUAUUUGAUGAACUUUAGGCUUCGCUAGUGCGUUCCUUUCCCCGGGUGUAAAUAGCCGGACGGAAUUAGUACCCGCGCACGGCGCUUCGCGUCGUCGGCUCGGAGAAAAUACAAAAUUUUUCUGGGCCAGACACGUUCCACUUUUCCCGUUCACUACCUCUUAAUUGGUUCCCUUUCUCUUGUUCCCUUUCUCUGGUUCCCUUGUUGGCCCCUCCACUGACAAAUUCUUAAAAAAAGAGGGCCUGAAAGCAUGCGUCCCAUUAUCAGAAGAGCAGCAAUUCUUUCAGAUCAGUGUCGAUCAGUGCAUGUACGAUAAAGAUUUUUCUUUUUUCACAUUUGAUUGAACUUUGAUGUAUCAGUAGUGCUUCAUCUUGCAAUAACAGUCAAUCACAACAUCGUUUAUCGUUUAAUGAGAAAAGUUAGGGACAAUUAAAAGGUCGUAAUUGUGCAAUAAAUAAAGUGCUGUCAGCAAUAUUCAUGUUCAUCUUUCAUCUCUCAAUGUAUCCUUCAACACAUCAAUCACAAAUACUAUUGCAUUGUUUGGAACUCAUUUUAAACCAAUCACGGGACAAACCCUUACGCUAGAAACGCUUGCUUUAGCUAAGUUUAAACUUUUCACAUCCCAACUCUGAUUCGUUUGUGUCAUUACGGCACUAUAGGAAUUCUUCUUUACCAGUUUCAUGUUGGGAGUCUCGCAAUCAGACGAGCUUGUUCAUAGUACUUGCACAAAGAUUACGCAGAUUAUGUUUGAUUAAAAUAAACACACCUGUGUAAAUAUUUUGUUACCAACGCAAUCAGAAGUGCAUGUUUCCCCGAAGGGAGAGCCCAAAUGGAACGUUCGUUCACGUGAAUAUCACCUUGAACGUCCUUUCGUUAAAUAACUUGAUGAGUUUAACCUUGAAUUGUUUCCAUUCAUUGAGAGGAGAAUACACUAGAUAAGUUACUGUUAGUUAUGGUCAAGCACACAAUCCAGGAAUAUGCUCUCACACCUGACGACCUGAUAUUAGGAUGCUUCAUGGUGCUCGCCUGCUGAUCGCAAAAUAUGAACUCGUGAUUGUAUUUUGACAUAGAUCUAUAGGAUUAUGAUAAUUUGAACAGUGUAUUAGUAGUGUUAGUAAAUUAGGCAGUUUGUGAUGUCGUGUUCAUAACAUAACAUAUCUUGUUACAGUGGAUUACAUAAAGGCAAUAUGAGCUACAUAAAGGCAAUAUGAGGAAGACAUGGAAGCUAAUCAAUUAAGUUAGUUCAAAACAUUCAAGCAAGCAAAACUAAAAAAUUAUCAGAAAUUAAGUUGGGAGAGCAAGUUAUUACCUCACCCAUUGUGAUAUCAGAAGCAUUCAAUAACUAUUUCUCUACUGUUGGUAGCAAUCUUGCUUCUGACAUCGUUUUAACAGAAAAUGGCCCAGAGUAUUAUCUCAAGCCAACUAAUAGCAUGUUUUCUUUGAAGACUCCCUCUGUUGAUACAAUUUAUAAGUUAUUGACAAAAAUUGAUGUAAAAAAAUCAGUUGGCCUUGAUAAGAUACCCAGUAAAUUACUUAAGAUAGCUGCUGAUGUUGUUGCACCUUCCCUAACGGCAAUAUAUACAGCGUCUAUUAAUACGGGAAUAUUUCCACACGAAUGGAAAGAGAGCAGGGUUUCACCAGUGUACAAAAGCGGUGCUAGGAAUGAUCCUAGUAAUUAUCGCACUAUAUCUGUCAUUCCUGUUAUUGCUAAAAUUUUUGAGAAAAUUGUUUAUGAACAACUCUACGAAUAUUUGAAUAAUUAUAAUCUUUUGACCACCUGUCAAUCGGGAUUUUGAUCGUUACACAGCACUCUAACGGCAUUGGUCGAAGCCACAAAUAGCUGGUCUGUGAACAUUGACAAUGGUCUGAUUAAUGGAGUUGUUGUUAUAGAUUUAAAGAAAGCAUUCGACACCAUUGAUCAUAAUAUUAUUUUAAAAAAGUUGGGAAAUUAUGGAGUCGACUUGAAUAGUCUUAAAUGGUUUGAGCCGUAUCUUACCAAUAGAACUCAAAAAUGCCGUGUAAAUGACCAUUUGUCAAGUUCAAAUCCAGUUACCUGUGGUGUUCCGCAGGGGAGCAAUUUGGGACCAUUGUUAUUCCUCGUAUAUAUUAAUGACUUACCAAAUUGUCUUAAUUGUGCCAUCCCGAGAAUGUUUGCGGAUGACACUAGCAUUAGUUACCCGGCAAAUUCUACGGACGAGCUCCAAAGUGUCGUAAACUCUGAAUUGGAAAACCUUCACAAAUGGCUGAACACAAAUAAACUAAGCCAAAAUAUUGCUAAAACAGAGUUUAUGCUAAUUGAAUCUCGACAAAGAAUGAGUGCUAUGGACGACAGAAAAACGGUUGAAAUCAAUGAUUGUGAUGUUGAAAAAGUCGAUUCAGUCAAAUCUCUGGGGGUAUAUAUUGAUAAACAUCUAAAUUGGUCAACACAUAUUGAGAAAAUAUCUAAGAAAAUUGCUUCGGCAAUUGGCGCUUUAAAGCGUAUUAGACCAUAUGUAACAACUGACGCGGCCAUUCGUGUAUACCGAGCGUUGAUACAACCACAUUUCGACUAUUGUUGCUCGGUCUGGGAUGGUCUAGGUCAAAUACUAAGUUCCAAAAUACAAAAGCUGCAGAAUAGAGCAGCAAGGAUUGUUAUGCAAGCGAGUUAUAAUGCCAGUACGGCCUGUACGGGUGCGCUCUUUGAUGUGCUGCACUGGGAUAAUCUCUCUUUGCGUAGGAAAAAAUUGAAGGCUAAUUUAAUGUUUAAAAUUCCUAAUGGGAAAGCCCCCACUUAUUUGCAGGAACUUUUCUCUGUUCGUGGCAUUGGGUAUAAUAUUAGAAACUCUGUAAUGAGAUUAAAUGUCCUCAAGCCACGGACAGAUUAUUGAUGAAAAAAGGUUUUUGUUAUAGUGGGGCUGUAUUGUUUAAUAGUCUUCCGCAAGAUAUAAGAAAAUGCCAAUCGUUACCACAGUUUAAGAAGACAAUUAAUAAAUAUUAUGAUAACGUAAUCUGAUUCCCACACGGCAAUCUUGUAAAUCAGUUAAUAUCUUUAUCAUGUACGUAUUUUAAAUGUGUAUCGUGUAUUGUAUGUAUUGUAUUACUUUGUAACUGAAGAUUUUACCGUGGAUAAAUAAAUUGUUUUGAUUGAUUGAUUGAUUGAUUGAUUGAUUGAUUGAUUGACUGAUUGAUUGAUUGAUUAUUACUCUAACUUUAUAGAAGUAGACAGAUUAUACUCGAAGACAAGCACUGAAGUUAUCCAAAAAUUAAAGGCACACAUGGCACGUUGCGGUGUACCUGAGCGGGUAGUCAGUGAUAACGGGCCACAGUACAGUUUCAGCGAGUUUCAGGACUUUGCUGCGCAAUAUGAAUUCGAACAUGUAACCUCGUCGCCUCGAUAUCCUCAAUCAAACGGGAAAGCGGAAAGCUUAAGUGCUGUGAAGACAGCAAAGCGAAUUAUGAUGAAAGCGUUAGACGCGAAAGCAGAUCCUUACAUGGCCAUGCUCGAACACAGGAACACACCAUCAGAAGGUAUGAGUACCUCGCCAGCACAACGAUUAUUUGGAAGGAGAACAAGAUCCACAAUUCCAACCUCGCCUAAACUGCUUGAGCCUACCUGUAUGCAUUCUACAAAACAGGAGCUGCAACAGGCAAAAACUAAACAAGCUUACUAUUACAACAAAGGAUCAAAGAAACUUCCAACACUCAAGGUCGGUGAUGCAGUCGGUAUGAUGCCCGAGAAAGGAAAGAAAAGCUGGAGGAAAGGAAAGGUGAAAGCGAUUGCUAGUCCGAGGUCGUAUAUUGUUGCAACUGAUGAUCGAGGAACUAUAGAAGAAAUCGCAGGCAUCUUCGGAAAACUGUGGAACCAGACGAAUUAGACGCAGACAUAGAAUUGCCAAUGGAAGAACAUGAUUUGCCAGACCGACAGCAGCUGCCAGAAUGCGAGGAACUGGUUGCUCAUGAACCUGAAGAGCAUGCAGCUCCCAAUGGUACGGCAAGGAGAACAUCCAAUAGACAAACACGUAGACCAGCAUAUCUCGAGGACUAUGUGACUGAAUCCUAAUACAAGCUUAAAAACACGUUUAUGUUGAACUCUGAAGGAGAUAGAUGUUACGGGGUGCACUCAGGAGCCUGGGACAUAAUUGCUCCUUAAAAUGAACACGGACACCUCGAACUACAAUGUUUUGGUUAGGACUCGAUAUUUGAAAGAAACACUAUAGAAC